GGAUGGGGGUUAUGUUACAGAAUAUCUCUGCAGAGAUGGUAGGUGAGGAAGAGUUUAUGGGUAUGAGAGAAAUGGUUGCUUAUACAGGAUCUUCAUGAGUAAAGUGCUUUCAAAACUCUGGGACUACAUUUUGAAAACAGAUAGGCUCUGACAUAAAUGGAAUCUGAACAACAAUAGAUCACUCAGGUUUCCCUGAUUACGACUGCUCGAAUGAAUAUAAAGGAGACUUUGCUAGUAAGGCGUACUUGACUUGCAACUAUGAUCAGGAGAUCUGAGGAUAUCAAACACUUCAAUUAAAGAGCAAUAGUAAAAUUCGCUUGGAGAAAUCCCCUCAGAAUACAAUUUGCCGAUAUAAGAUGGAUAUGUUGGAGAAUAAUAGUCCAAGUGAGCUAAAGUUUACAGUCGAAAACUUGGAAUCUACAAGGCUGGAUGUGAUAGAGCAGGCAUCAAGAUUUGGAUUUAACUUACUCCAAAGUAUAGACUUGAGAGGGUCUGCAGUGAUAAAUGUGGCUAGAUCCAAGAAGAUCAUAGUAAUAGUUGUCCCAAAAGAAAAUGGGCAUGGAUUAGUCCAAUUUACUGUUACUAAAAACGAUUUAGGUUCUUCAUUUCUAACCACAAAAAUAAUUCUGAUUACAGUUGGCUCUAGUGUGCUCUAUUGAUGAAUCUGAGCAUACAUUGUAUGCAGGAUUUCUAAAGUUGAGCUUGAUGACAAGCAAACCAACAAAGUGGUACCAGAAAACUGAAAAAGAAACCCAAUCAGCUCGAUUCUUGACGGAUCUAAUGAAUUCGUAAAUUACGAUCCCCUCUCCUUGCCUGAUAUUUUAGGAAGAGAGAAUCAACAAAGAAAAUUCCUGAAUAAUAGAGCUAUAAUAUCAAAGACAAAUCGCUGAAAAGUGCCAGGAUCAACAAGACCAAUUCCAAUUUCAACUGGCAGAGAUGAAAAUCUCAGGCAAAAUAUAUACGAAGCUUAAGGCUUUUUUGGAGUACCAUCUAUUUUCCAUUUCU